AUGGCCCAACCAGAACACUUCAAUUACCUUUGGGAUCAGGCCAAGGCGCGCUACAGGUCCGUCACAGACCAUGACCUCGACAACCCCGCAUUUCCCAGUCCCGCCUCAGCUGACGACUUGCUCGCUCUCCUGGACGCGAGAAAUACCGAUUUCUUAUCGUUCCGAGAGAAGCGAUCUGUGCUGUUCCAUAACCUCAGCACACUGUGUCAACCGAUCGAAUUGCUCACCAAUGUCGUCUCCGCGGGGACCUCGGUGGUAUUCCCGCCCAGCUCCGCAUGUUUUGCCGCUUUGACGUUGUUGAUCGAUGCUGCCCGCGGCGUCUCGUCGCUCUAUGAUUCUAUAAUCGGUCUCAUCGAGACCCUCAAGCCAGCGCAACAGGAUUUUCUCGCGCGACUCAAGAUCUACGCCGUGAAUCAGGCGACACCCGAGCUCCGCAGCAUGCUGGUGAAUAUUCUCAUGAUUCUGCUGGAAGUCUUCGGUCGCUCGGCGAGGAUCAUCCGGGGCGGGUCACUGGGUCGCACUUUGGCCUUUGCGAAGAACGCGAUCUUGGGUCGCGAUGAGAAGCUGCAGAGCCUCCUCAACCAGCUGGAGAAGCUGUGCCAAAGUGAAAACCGGCUGGUCGCGGCAGAGACGUGGGCGGAGACGAAGCGCACCGCGCAUCAGAUGGACCAGGUCAGCGAUGGCUUGGAGACGUUAGUCCUGGGACAGGAGAGUUUCCGCAAGGAGUUCCGACAAGAAAUGCACAAGAUUAGGGAGACGGUGGCGACGGAGCCAGCCAGGGGAGGGAGGCCGGCGAUAGCAAUUCGAGAGAUUCUCAAGCCCUCGGUGCAUCCAGUCGAUGCAUAUCAAACUCUGGCAAAGAAGAGGGUGUCAGGAACGGCAGACUGGAUCCUCGACGAACCAUUCUUCAGACAGUGGGUGGCUGAUGGGGUGCAGACGCCGCUUCUGGCCGUUGUCGGUAGCCCAGGGAGCGGGAAGUCAGUCCUCUCGCAGCGCGUAAUCUCCUACUUGACCGAGUUGCAGGCCGAGAGAGGAGAUAGAAGUGACUCCAUCGCGUAUUUCUUCUUCAGUAAUAGCGACACCGAAACUAAGUCGUUCAAUCAGGCGCUCCGGGAUUGCGCUCACCAGGUUUCCCAAAAUAAUGCAGCGUAUAAAGCAUAUCUUGAAGCCAACCUCAGCUCUCCAGACGACAUCAAGACUAUCCGCAGUGCAUGGAGGUUGUUAUACUCUCAGUACUAUGGGUCGCAGCAAAGAGCAGGCAGCUGGUUGAUUCUUGUCCUGGAUGGUCUGGACGAAGCUUUUCAGGCGGAUCGGGAGCAGUUCUUCGAACUGCUGUCAGAUCUCCUUUCCGGGAGUGGCGCAGCCUCUCAAGUCAAGAUUCUUCUAGUUGGAAGGCCUGAGAUCUACGCAGAGCUCAGCGAUGCGAUCGGCCCCAUACCAUGCAUCCAGGUUGAUGCAGCGAAGAAUUCUGCUGACAUCCGAGCAUUAAUUGAAACCACCAUGCAACGAACCCGUGUCUUCAGUCGUAUUCCCCGAGACCUUUCUGCAUCAAUCCAGGACCAACUCAUUGAAAAGUCCCAAGGGAUGUUUCUGUGGGCUGACUUGAUGCUGCGCGAGUUGAGCCGCAAGACCAGAGCGAGCAGCAUGCUGGAGAGCCUACAACGAGCGCCAAAGGGACUGGACGAGAUGCUCGAGCAUGUCCUGCGGGGCUUCAGCGCGAAGCUCGACCCUGAAGAAGCGGAGAAUCUGAACACGAUGCUGGCAUGGCUCGCCUGCUCGGACGUUCCGCUCAGCUUGCGUCAGUUGGACUACAUUCUGCAGUACGAUUCCACAGGCGGAGAUGGAGUCUUUGACCUCGAAACCAUGCUCCGAGUACAAUACGCUUCGUUCUUUCUGCUCCUUCGGGACGAUGGCCUGACUACAGCUGACCUUCAGGGGGCGGAAGUCGCCGCCUACCUGGCCGAGCGUCGGACGAGCGAUGAUCUCCUCGUAUUCCAGUCGAACAAGGAGACCACCCGUGUCGUAUUCCGUCACGCGUCGAUCGGCGAAUACCUCCGCAAUGCCGAAUACAGGAAAGUGUGCGAUGGCCCUAGUUCUGUGUCGGUUGGUGUGAAUAUUAUCGAGGCGCAGACCCAUAUUCUGAUACAGUGCCUGAAACUGUUCCAAGAGGGCUUUGCGGAGGAAGAGAACAAAGACGGACGGGUUUCGCUUAUCAUCCACGCGCAGAGUCAGUGGCUAAAUUAUUCGAGGCAGCUGAUCAGCAACGACCAGCUUGAUCCACACAGCAAGACCGAGAUGAGAUCUCUGUUCCUCAGACUAUUGUCGGCUCCGGACUGCGUGCAUUGGCUGAACCCGGAUGACUGGGAGUUCUUCGCUUCCGGGGAUUACCACCUCAUCGAAAGUUUCUUGGAUGGUCCGAUGUGUUCAGUCGACCAGGGCGAUGACGAGAUCACAAGAUGGCUGGAAUCGUGUUGCCAAAAGCCGGGCGGCUUCUUCUCAGCCAUGGCCGAAUAUGCAGCUGAGGGCUGGCUAAAGGGGAACGCCUGGUCUGCCUCGGAGUGUUUCCGUCUCGUAUGGGCGGUUAAAAUCAUCUCUGAAGACGGCGAUGUAGAUAUUGUGCGUGAGACACCCAUUACAGAAACCGUGCUUGAGGUCGCUCGAUGGACGAAGCUGGAAGAGGACGCCUUGUGGUACGAACGGGUCGGGAACUGCCUCUCCAAUUUCGGGCACCUGGACGAUGCAAAACAUUACGCGGAAAUGUCGCUAAACCUGCAACCAAAAUCAGCCGCUGCAAGUCUGGACAUUGCUCGAAUAUACCUGAAACAACACAAGCGCGGUGAAGCAAUCCGAAUCUACCGUGAAACCGAGAAACUGUACACAAAGUCGCUGCUAGAACAACAGGAGCCUGACCACGAGGAUUCCGAUCUUGACAUGAUGGUGUCGCCCUACAGCCUGUCGAGAUUGCGAUUGACUCUGUCGGAGUUGUACUUUGAACAAGGCGACUGUCUCGAGGCCGCACAGUGGCUCCACUCGUGCUUACAACUAGAAUCAUACAGCAUUCGCAUCCGAAAACUUGCUGAAGCGUUGAUUUACCGACUAAGCAUGCCCCCAUACGGCAAUGAUGCGGAAAUUAUGUCCUUGUUGAGGUCGAUGGAUCGGAAGCCUGAGAACCAUACCGAGACGAUUCUAGACGAUUGUCUCAUUCACUAUAAACGGGCGGAUGGUCGCUUUCUCGAGGCCUGUGCGACUGCCGCCGAUGCCACAGACGCCUUGGAAUGGCUGGCCGAUCGAUAUCGACACGCAAGAGCAGCUGCAUUGGAAGACUUGCGGUCAACCGUUGUCGUUUGUCUUGACGUCUGCCUGGCCCAUCUCUAUGGUAGAUUCAUGAACGAAUUUGACAAGGCCAAGGCCCUCUGGAGACAAAUUCUGAGUCUGCCUCGGGUGGAAAUGGACGGUCACUGGGAGAUGACCCAGUCGAGAUCGGUCGCAGAGUCAUCCUAU